AUGGAUCUGCUAUCAGUCCUGCCUCACUUCGUGACAAGGCCAUAUGCACACAUCAUUCCCCCGCUCGAGCGAGGCAAAAUCACCACCGUCGACCUGAUCACCCUCGACACUCUCGAGAUCGCGAAACGCGCCCAUGUCCCCCCGGCAGACGUCAGGCGGCUCGCCGCAAGCAUUGUCGAUGCUCUCCACUCCGAUAUUGGUUUAGAAAGGGCACAAAAGGAUGCAGACACUAUAGGAGGAGGCGAGCCCAGCUCGAGUAUAAAUACAAAGGCAGAUAAUGUCGGCCUGGGUCCCGCGACCAAGCUUGACACGUCCAGAUGGAACACCAUAACCACCCUGGACCCCGCAUUGGAUGCGCUCCUGGGCGGUGGCAUCCCAACGGGAUAUGUCACAGAGGUAACAGGGGAGAGCGGAAGCGGGAAGACGCAGUUCCUACUGAGUCUCCUACUCGCCGUCCAACUGGCCAAGCCGAAGGGCCUGGAAAAACGCGCUAUCUACGUCUCGACCGAGCACCCGCUAGCGACGAACCGUAUAUCCCAAUUGUUGGAGUGUCAGCCAUAUCUCCUGAAUCUCUCAGCCGACGAGAAGCCGUCCCUUGGGAACAUCCUGUCCAUCAAUGCUAUGGAUCUGGAAACGCAGGAUCAUAUCAUGAACUUUCAGGUUCCAGUCGCUAUAUCCCGGUACAACGUUGGACUGGUGGUCAUCGAUUCUAUCACAUCCAACUACCGUGCCGAACGCAACUCAAAUAAUAUGCUCGCGCUCUCCGCACGAUCGACCGAGCUCGCCAAAUUGGGCCAAAUGCUUCGCAACUUGGCCGCCAAAGAAAACAUUGCUAUUGUGUUGGCAAACCAGGUCUCUGAUCGGUUCGAACAGGAAUCCAUUGGAGGCGGUCCUGCAUCACGAACAGGAUUUCCGUCCAUCUUGAAUCAGAACGCUACUUUGACGGCGCGUGAGUCUCCUAUUCCUCGAAACAGGAUCAGUGCCCUGGACCAGCAGUUUUCUUCCAGCCAAGCUCCCUCUUCCUCUCCCAUAUCUCAAUCACCCUACCAUGCCCCGGAUGACGAACGAUUUGACGGAUCGUAUCUCAUUGAAAAUUUUGCCCGAAAUGAAAUCCUCAGCUUGCUGCACCAAGAGCGAUUUUUUACUGGCUGGGGUGACGGCUUUUUCCCGGACAAGGCGCCCAAAACCCCCGCCCUUGGGUUCUUUUGGUCGACACAGAUCUCAGGUCGUAUUGCCUUGAAAAAAGAGACGCAUUCUGUGAUUGUCCCGUGGGAUAGCGCAUAUCCAGUAUCGACACCCCAAGAACAAACGGGCUCUCAGUUCCGUACCGAGGCAGCACAGUUGCAAAAACCAAAACUCACCGACUCACCCGCUGACGAAGCCAGCAAGGUAGAGACAGAACCUGCAUCGAGGGCCCUCAAUGGAUCCGAGAAGUCAUCAAACGUGCUCGAAAAGCAAAAAAGCUUGCAAACGCACAUGCCGGCUCCAAAUCCACCAGAGCAGGUCACGAGGCGAACCAUGAAGCUUGUUUUUGCUCCUUGGGCAAGCGGUCGACUUGAGUCUGAUAGUGAGAAUGGGAUUCACUCCCUCCGCAGACGAGACUACGAGGUUGAAUUUGAGAUAUACAAAGGUGGGCUACGUUCUGUUGGCCCAGACGAAUGA